AGUUACGGUAGUUCGCAAUGCAUUCUGGACACCCAACUACAUGCCCUUGCUAAAUCUUAGAUUCUUGAAGCUAACUUCUGUUGUCAACGAUGUCUGUGCUGGUGAUAUUAAUUUAGUUGUAUGCAAAACCUUGUAUAUAUUACCCUUGCUCUGAGGUCCUAAGGGACGAUGUCUGUCUUGGCGGCCUUGGUCAGAGGUGGACUCACCGUCUGCCAGUCAUCAGUACAACAGUGCGCUAGACAGUUCUCCACAAGCAUGUGUGCUAGAAUACGGAUGCAUUCCAUCCCCAUGCCAAAGGUGGUCGACCGAUGGACUGAAAAAAGAAGCAUGUUUGGAAUUUAUGACAACAUUGGGAUUCUGGGAGAUUUCAAAGUGCACCCCAAGGACACCGUAAGGGCACCUGUCUGGCUUAAAGGUUUCCGCGGUAUUGAACUGGAACGCUUGAUUCGGAAGAAAAAGAUGGUUGGAGACAGGAUGAUGACAGACGAUCGGCACAGCCUGGAAAAACGCAUCCGUCACCUGUACCGUCACUUCAACCGUUAUGGGAAGCACCGUUAAUCUUAUUAAUGGAUGUGGUUAUGAAUUGGACCGCUGUUGUUGUUUUUUUUUUUCCCCCCUCCAAGUUUGGUACAGAAUGUUCUUGCAAAAUUUGCGAUUAAGAUUCUGAUGUACAUGUCCUUUAUAUUUGUCUUGUAAAUAAAAUUAUAGCCAUUG